AUGUCGCAGGAUUCUCGACGUGCAGGUUCAUUGUCCAGAGAUGUGACGACAGAUGGGGUGAGCGAUGACCGUGCAUUGGCAACCCGAAAUCCGACCCGCCGCCCACCUCAACGACCACGACCCCAGUCAUGGCAUCCAUAUGGACCCGUGGAGCCACCGCUGGAAUCCAUGCCAUCGCGACCCAUUGGUGUCCAUGCCAUCUUGAACCACCCCCAGGCAGCGGCUGAUCUGACCGCACUCAGUCGGGAGCCGUUGAGCCUACCGGGUCCAUCUUCCUCACCUCGCCCCCAAGGGACUUCACCGAUCCGCGCAGGAUAUCCAUUGGUCUCGCAGCCAUUGUCUCCUAGGUCCCAUUCACGGCCGUUGAUGAAUCCAGCAUCGCCUUCGGCACGGUUUGUUGGCGGAGGCGGCAGGACUUCUGGUCAGUCAAGUGUUGCACAGUCACCGCUAGUGCCUCACGAGACUUUGAUGGGUUCACGCCUACCCGUUACCAGUUCGCCUUUGCCUAUAGAGACGGGUCUACGCCCAAUAGCAUCUAUCACUGGUACUCAGCCUCUGACUUCGCUUCAUUCUCGGCGAACCAGUGCCGGCCCGGGGCCUCUCACCAAAUCGAACUCCCAAGAAACAAGUCCGAGCACGUCUCAUUCAACUUUCAAUCCCUUUGGUCGUGUAUCUCCAGCAGUGACCAGUGUUUCUCUCGCACAAAGCAUUGCAUAUCCCACCGCGCCUCCAUAUAUGACAAUGGACCCUCUGACCCGACCCAUCCCCACAACGAAAGCCCCCAGACACCAAUCGGAAGCCCCCUCAAGAGCCGGAACACCACAGGCCAGCCCCCUCCCACUGGGCAUGAUACCGUGCGUACUAGACAUGCGAUCCGGCUCCUCCAGCCAAGCCGAAAAGCGCAAAGCCAACAGCGAUGCAUCCCGCCGGUUCCGAAAUCGGAAGCGCAAUGAGAUGCAGCUCGAGCAACGUCUCACUGCACAGCAGGAUGAGAUCCAGCGCGGCGUAGAAACAGUCCGCCGCCAGAGCGAGGAGCUCCGCUCCCUCAUCCAGCAACGAGACCACUAUCGCUCCGAGCGAGAUUUCUAUCGCGACCGUCUCGGCCGCACCAUGUCCCUCAGCACCUUACCUCCAAGACCCUCAUCUCCACGCUCCACCCAACCCACACUCCUCCCCGCAUCCGAGCCGGGCACCACGGCGUGGUCGGGCGCCGAUGCUGCCCGAUCUGCUUCAGGCACGCAGCCGACCUCGGCGGGUCCUACUCCACAGGGAAGAAUUCUCGACUCCGUUCAGUCCCAGCCUGGUUGGCCUGCAAGUCCACCGUAUUCUUCUACAUCCGUGGCACCCGCCGGACGGGCGAUUGCUGGUCCCCCUUCUGGGUCACCCCCCGUUACUGGUGGCCCACUGCCUCCAAUGCAAGGACCGUGGUCACGUCCUUGA